AAAGAAUAAAGAAGAUGAAAUCAUAAAUUGGUAUUCGAAAAGGUUGAGAGUUGUAGGAUUUUCUCCAAAAACACCGGAUUCAGAUCAACAAUUGCCAUUUACUUUUAGAGGAUUCGGUGGCGAUGAACCAGUGAUGGUGACGACAGAAGAUGAUUCAUCUUUUAAUGGGAAUUUUGAACUUGAUUUUUCAUAA